UGCAAGAGAGGACAGGAAUCUGUCACCGCUCCUGUCAAACUGACGAAGGAGAGCAGUGAAAUCUGAAUUUAGUGAUGUGGUUUUAAUUGUGUCCAGAAUAUUGGUGAAGGAAGACGUCAAGAUGCACGACGCAUACGAAGCAACGCCCAUUCUGAAGCUGACAGUGCAAAUAGAGUCUAUGGCAGCCUAUGACGACAAUUUAUUGAUUGGAACGAGAGAGGGUCAUUUGUUGAUCUACAAUGUCCCACCUAAAUCCAACGAGUAUGGAAAGUUGGAGUUGCUGCGGUACAGCAAGAAUUUUAGUAAAAAGAGGAUCGUGCAGGUGGAUGUCGUACCUGAAUUUAAUUUACUCAUCUUAUUGACAGACGACAUAAUCUGCGUGCACGACCUGAACUCCAUAAACAUCCAGCAAAUAAGCCAGCUCCCAAAGACCAAAGGAGCAACGCUCUUCGCCCUGGACAUCCAAGAAGCGAAGAGUCUAACCGGCGAGAAGAACACGGUAGUUCGUCUGUGUGUCGCAGUGAAGCGCAAGCUCCAGCUCUACUACUGGAAGGGUCGUGAGAAUCAGUUCAAGGACCUGGGAGUGGAGUCUCGAAACGAGCUCUCCCUCCCGGACGUCCCGAGGGAGCUUGCCUGGUGCGGCGAGACCCUGAUCGUCGGUUUCCACGGCAUCUCCUACACCCUGAUCUACCUGGACGGCAAGACGAAGGAGCUCUUCCCCACCGGCAAGCCCCCAAAGCCCAGCAUCACGAAGCUCUCGGACUCGUCCUUCGCGCUGGGCAAGGACUCCCAAUCGAUCAUAAUGAACACCUCUGGGGAGUUGAUCCAGCACAAUCCAGUCAAGUGGACGGACUCACCGAGUGUUACAGCCUGGGACGACCCCUAUCUUCUGGGGAUAGUCCACGACACCCUGGAGGUCUACACCCUGGAGGGCUCGCUGCACAUCCAGACGCUCCAGGACCUCAACAAGUCACGACUCCUCUGCAGAUGCAAGCAGGGCAGGGUCUACGUGGCCUCAAUCAGCCAGGUCUGGUGUGUGAGUUCUGUCGACGUUGAGCUCCAGAUCAGAAAGCUCCUGGAGCAGAACCAGUUCCAACUGGCGUUGAAGCUGACGAAUCUGUCGGAAACUACGGAGGACGAGAAACUCAAGCGAACGUACAAGAUUCAGACGCUGUACGCCCACCACUUGUUCUGCAGCAAAAAAUUCCAAGAGGCGAUGAAGCAGUUCCACGAGCUGGGGACAGACCCCUACGAGGUGAUUCGUCUGUUUCCUCAUCUUGUCUCGGACUCGGGGGGCAACGAGGUCGAGCCAGUGACGGGUCUGCCGAAACUUCAGGAUCGCGAUCUCGAGAAUGGAUUGCUAGCUCUGAUCGGUUUUCUGACGGAAGUCAGGCACAAUCUCAUGGGGGGGACCGAUGGCAAAGAGGGGAAGGAGAGGGAGAGGAAGAGCAUGACUGCAGCGGCCACCGAGCAGCUGCUCAAGAUCAUUGACACGACGCUGCUCAAGUGCUAUCUUCAGACGAACGACGCGCUGGUGGCGCCACUGCUGCGGUUGAAUCACUGCCAUUUGGCGGAGGCGGAGAAGACUCUGCUGCAGCACCAGAAGUACCCGGAGCUGAUUAUUCUUUAUCAGACGAAGGGACAGCACAAGAAGGCUCUUGAGUUGUUGGAGAAACAGAGCAAGCAGAGUGACUCCAGCUUGAGGGGGACUGAGAGGACUAUUCAGUAUCUUCAGCAUCUGGGGAAGGAGCAUGUGGAGCUCAUUCUCAAGUUCUCGGGGUGGGUGCUGGAGCAGGACCCUGAGCAGGGACUCAGGAUAUUCAUGGAGGACGUGCAGGAGGUCGAGCAGCUGCCAAGGCCGAAGGUCCUUGAUUACCUCUUGAGGCAGCACAAAGGGCUCGUCAUCACGUACUUGGAGUACGUGGUGAGAGUCUGGGAGGACGAGAACUCACUCUUCCACAAUAUCCUGGUGCACCAGUACAAGGAGAAAUGCCUGGCGGGCAUGAGUCCCUCGGCGACACCGGCCGAGAGACAGAAUGCCGAACAUGUCAGGCAGAAGCUGCAACAGUUUCUGGAGAAGUCCGUGCAUUACACUCCGGAGACGGUUCUCGUGCAGUUCCCCUCGGACUGCUUGUUCGAGGAGAGGGCGAUCAUCCUGGGGCGACUCGGGAGGCAUCAGCAGGCGAUUUCUAUUUAUGUUAAUCUGCUGAAUGAUGUGCCCAGGGCCAUUAAGUACUGCCAUAAUGUCUAUGCGGGGUAUGAAGGUCAGAGAAACGGGGAUGGAGGAAAGUCGACUGACGGGGCUGAUGAGGUCUAUGUGACACUAAUUCAACAGCUGCUCAAGCCAGAACCUGUCUUUUUGGCCGGAAACUCAGAGAUACAGAAGACUGCUCAACCUGAUUUAGAGACUGCCUUGGAGCUCUUGGAGCAGUAUGCCCCCAAGAUAUCGCCAAUCAAGGCCCUGGAGGUGCUGCCUGAUACAGUGCCUAUUGGGAGGAUCAGGCACUUCCUGGAAGCGUCCCUGCAGAACCAGUUGAAUGAGAGGAGGAAGACCCAGGUGUUGAAGGGGCUGCUUCAUGCUGAGCAUCUCCAGGUCCAAGAGCAGAGAAUGCAUUACGAGUCUCAGAGUGUUCUCAUGACUGAGUUUAAUAUCUGUCCUGUUUGUAAGAAGAGAUUUGGCAAUCAGAGUGCAUUCGCAAGAUAUCCCAACGGCGAGAUAGUCCACUACUCCUGUCAAGAGCGAAAAACGUGAAGUGAAACCAAAUAAUCAGUUUUUCAUAACGAAAACAUUUAUAACUGCAAUGUAACAUACUCCACUAGUCGAUUAUUUUCAAAUUUUUAUGAAUAAAAAUUAUUAAAAAAUC